GUGGAGGGCUCAUCGCUGCUGUACUCCUUGGCCAGGGGCUCUCACAAGUCUCUGUAGUUUCUGUUCCUGAAAGGGAGGGCUUCCGUUCUCAAACUGAGCUCCUGUGAUGACGUGCUGAUGCUCAGCUGCUAGCUGCAGUGUCACUGCAAUGGCUGAAGGGCGGCUGUUGGAGUCUCGCAAUGAGCUCACUCUCCCAGGAGGGAGAAGAGCAUCCAGUGCAUCACCCGGCAACUGCAACCUGCCCGUGAAAUUCCUCUCUAGCUCUUGCCUCAGUUAGGCUGGCCUGCUUCUUCACUUUAAGGGUGUGUGCAUGGAACAGCCGACAGGUUUUAGAAUGAAGUGCUCUGCAAUAUACCUAAGAAUACUUUCAUCAGGUAAAGCAGACAAGCAAUGUGUCCAUCAUGAUGGAGCAUGCCUGUAAGGUGAGUGAGAAAAUGUAGUGGAACAGACUGGAAGAACCGACGAGAACGGAAGGUUCUCUCAGCUUUGGAAUUUUACGCUAUCUCACAAUGUCAAAGAAGGGUGCCAGCUUUCGAGCUAAAGGAGAAAGACCUGAUGCCCUAGCUGCCUUGCAAGCUGCCAAUGAAGAGCUCAGGGCAAAACUCACAGACAUUCAAAUAGAGCUCCAGCAAGAAAAGAGUAAGGCCAGCAAGUUGGAGAGGGAGAAAAAUCAGGAAGUUAAGCAGAUCAAAGAACACGAACAGCAUAAAAACAUAGUGAUUGUAACAGAACUGAAGGCUAAACUUCAUGAAGAAAAAAUGAAGGAGCUCCAGACUGCUAGAGAAGGACUUAUAAGACAGCAUGAAGGUGAACUCCUUAGAGUCAUAAAAAUUAAAGAUAAUGAAAUCCAGAGACUACAGGCCUUACUAACUACUGUGCGGGAUGGGACACCUGAUAAGGUUAAGACAGUGCUUUUCUCUGAAGCAAAGGAGGAAGCCAAGAAAGGCUUUGAAGUGGAGAAAACCAAAAUGCAACAGGAAAUUUCAGAGCUCAAGGGAACUAAAAAACAAGUGGAAGAAGCUUUAUCUGUGGUCAUUCAAGCAGACAAAAUGAAAGCAGCAGAGAUACGGAGUGUGUAUCACCUACACCAGGAAGAAAUCACCCGAAUAAAGCGAGAAUGCGAGCGGCAAAUUCGCAGGCUGAUGGAGGAGAUCAAAUUUAAAGACAGAGCAGUCUGCGUGCUGGAAAGAGAGUUAGGGGUUCAAGCCGGGCAUGCUCAGAGACUUCAGCUCCAAAAGGAGGCUUUAGAUGAACAACUUUCCCAGCUCAGAGAGGCUGACCGACAUCUGAGCAGCCCCAAGCGGGAACUUCCUCAUGCAAGUGGUGCAGGAGACACUUCAGAACAAUCAGGAAGUCCUGAACAGCAGUUAGAUGAGAGGGAUGCCCGGCGUUUCCAAUUGAAAAUAGCUGAACUAAGUGCAAUCAUCAGGAAACUAGAAGACCGGAAUGCUUUACUGUCGGAGGAACGAAAUGAGCUUCUGAAACGUCUAAGGGAAGCAGAAAGUCAGUACAAACCACUGUUAGACAAAAACAGGCGCCUAAGUAGGAAGAAUGAGGAUUUGUCCCAUGCCUUGCGCCGUAUGGAGAAUAAACUGAAAUUUGUGACACAGGAGAAUUUAGAAAUGAGGCAAAGGGUGAGGAUAAUACGAAGGCCCAGCUCUCUGAAUGACCUUGAUCACAAUCAAGAUGAAAGAGAAGUUGACUUUCUUAGGCUACAAAUAAUGGAACAGCAAAACAUCAUAGAUGAACUUUCAAAGACCCUAGAAACCGCUGGCUAUGUGAAGAGCGUAAUAGAACGUGAUAAACUAUUAAGGUAUAGGAAACAAAAGAAGAAAUUUGCAAAAUUUCCCAAGAAGCCAGUGGUAGAGACAUUUUUCGGAUAUGAUGAAGAAGCUUCCCUUGAAUCCGAUGGCUCUUCUAUCUCAUAUCAAACUGACCGAACAGAUCAGACCCCCUGCACACCUGACGAUGACUUGGAAGAGGGCAUGGCAAAAGAAGAAACAGAACUGAGAUUCCGGCAGUUGACCAUGGAAUAUCAAGCCUUACAGAGGGCAUAUGCUCUGUUGCAAGAACAGGUUGGAGGAACGUUGGAUGCAGAACGAGAAGUUAAGACUCGUGAGCAGCUUCAAGCAGAAAUCCACCGAUCCCAAGCUCAAAUAGAGGAUCUAGAAAAAGCACUUGCUGAGCAAGGACAGGACAUGAAGUGGAUUGAAGAAAAGCAAGCAUUGUACAGAAGAAACCAGGAGCUUGUCGACAAGAUAAAACAAAUGGAGGCAGAAGAGGCUCGGUUAAAGCAUGAUGUUCAGGAUGCAAAAGAUCAAAACGAGCUCUUGGAAUUUAGGAUAUUAGAACUCGAAGAGAGAGAAAGAAGAUCGCCAGCUAUCAAUUUUCAUCACAUUCCUUUUACUGAGGGGAAGAGCCCCCUGCAGGUGUAUUGCGAGGCAGAAGGUGUGACUGAUAUACUAGUAGCAGAGUUGAUGAAAAAAUUGGACAUUUUAGGGGAUAACGCCAACUUGACAAAUGAAGAGCAAGUUAUUGUAAUCCAAGCAAGGACAGUUCUGACACUGGCAGAAAAGUGGCUACAGCAGAUAGAAGUGACAGAAUCGGCCCUACAGCAGAAGAUGCUAGACUUGGAGAAUGAAAAGGAACUAUUUAGUAAACAAAAGGGAUAUUUGGAUGAUGAACUUGAUUUCAGGAAGCAGUCUCUGGAUCAAGCACAUAAGCACAUUCUGGAAUUAGAAGCCAUGCUGUAUGAUGCCCUACAGCAAGAAGCCGGAGCCAAAAUGUUAGAAAUUCUCUCAGAAGAGGAGAGAGAGAAGUUGAAGAAUGCUGUGGAACAGUGGAAACGACAGGUUAUGAGCGAACUCCGAGAAAGGGAUGCCCAGAUUCUCCGGGAAAGAAUGGAACUCAUUCAGCAUGCACAACAGAGGAUUAAGGAGCUAGAAGAAAGAAUUGAAGGCCAAAAAAGACAAAUAAAAGAAUUAGAAGAAAAGCUUUCAUUCUUUGGUCAUAAUACCUCCAUUCACCUGCAAAAGCCUACAGAAAAAGCUAGAAAUUCUUCUUUCAUGGAACAACUUAACAACGGGUGCCACAAUGAGAAGAAAAGCAGACAUUUCAAUUUCAAGAACCUAGUCUACAUACUGUAUUUUGACAUUAAAGACUGACGAUCUAAUCUUUUGAUCUUUUUUUAUAAAGAAGAUAAAUAAGGACUCGUGAGAAUUCUAUUUUGAAGUGAUCUUCUGGCAAGUGUAAUUAUAACUUUUUACAAAAUAGUAUUAGAACUGUCAAAGAAGAAAGCCAAAAAAAUUAUUAACAAUUACUGGCUUCCUAUAAGGAAGCCUCAUCUUUGCUGCUCACAACAAUUUCAGCUUUACAUAAAAAGCAGUAAAUUCAUUCCAAUGAAGUGAAUAUAUUCUGGUUUCCUGCUAAGCAGGCAGUAAACUGCUUCUGUGAAGAAGUGAACAUGUCCUGUUUUGUACAUUGGUCCUCUGUAAUGUUCUUCAUAGUUGUUUGAAAACACAUUGUGAAUGA